AUGGCACGAAACGUAUUGGCCAAGGAUCAAUUUGUUAAGCUCAUUGUUGGAGCUGGUCAGGCCAGUCCUAGUCCGCCUGUUGGUCCGGCACUGGGAAGUAAAGGUGUUAAAUCCAUGGACUUUUGCAAGGAAUUCAAUGCCCGCACAGCUCACAUCACCACUGGCGUCCCAAUCCCCGCGCGUGUCACCGUCCGCCCCGACCGAUCCUUCUCCUUCGAACUCCGCACUCCAACUACCACCUACCUCCUGCUCAACGCGGCCAAUGUCGAACCCCGGAAGAACCGGCUGCGUGGUGCCAUGAACCCUGGCCACGACGUUUGUGGCACGAUCUCCCUCAAGCACGUUUACGAGAUCGCCAAGCUCAAGCACACCGAGACGCGGUUAUCAGGCUUGUCCCUAGAAGGGUUGUGCAAGAGUGUCAUGUCCCAGGCCAAGUCCAUUGGUAUCCAGGUCAUCCCCUGA